GUGACUAUAGAAGCUCAUGCAGAGUUAAAACUCAUAGUCGCUCCCCUGUCAAUAUCGGUCACUCAACGGCGAUGCGAAAAAUCCGAGACUCAGGCAUCCAAUAACAGUCAUCAACCGAUGCGGAUUGACAGUAGGACGCAUGAUCAGUGACUCACCCCUCACUGCCAACUGCUCUCUCUCUCUCUCUCUCUCUCUCUCUCUCUCUCUCUCAUCUCUGCAAGAACACCACCACCAACAACCUAGGAGAUUGACUUGAGUUGAGGAAGGAGGAAAGGAGAUGGAGUCAUCAGGUGGAGGAGGACGGAGGAGGGACUACUGCUACAGGGACGUGCUUCCGUUCACUGCAUUGGUGUCCAUGGAGUGCCUCAAUGUGGGGCUCAACACCCUCUUCAAGGCCGCCACUGAACAUGGCAUGAGUUACCAUGUCUUCGUCGUCUACAUCUACUCCAUCGCCGCCCUCGUCCUCCUCCCUGCCCCCUUCAUCUCCCACAGGUCAACGGCACUGCCGCCGCUCACCUCUAGGAUCCUGGCCAAAAUUGGCCUUCUCGGGCUCAUCGGGGGCUCAUCACAGAUCAUAGGAUACACGGGGAUCAGCUUCAGCUCUCCGACGCUUGCUUCUGCCAUCAGCAACCUUCUGCCUGCUUUCACUUUCGUCCUUGCCAUUCUCUUCAGAAUGGAGAAGCUGUCCUUAAAGACUAAAAGCAGUCAAGCGAAGAUUAUUGGCACAAUAGUGUCAAUGUCAGGCGCGUUUGUGGUCACUCUCUACCAGGGCCCGGCAAUCAUUUUCGGUCCGAAGCCAUCCCUUCUGCUCAAGCAAUCUUUGCUUUCCCAGCAAUCAAAUUGGACCAUCGGAGGGAUUCUCCUUAUCGGUGAAUAUAUCCUAGUUACCCUAUGGUACAUCGUUCAGGCGCAGAUAAUGAAGGAAUAUCCGGCAGAGUUUACUGUAAUCUUCUACUACAACUUGUGUGUGAGCUUCAUUGCUGCCAUUGUCGGCAUAAUUACUGAACCAAGUCUGAAUGCUUGGAAAGUGCGGGGUAUAGGAUUGACCUCUGUUCUUUGCUCGGGACUAUGUAUGUCCUGCUUGAGCAACUGUGUUCACACCUGGGCUCUGAGAGUGAAAGGCCCUUUCUACGUUUCGAUGUUUAAGCCGUUAUCAAUCGCCAUUGCUGUUGCUAUGGGUUUCAUGUUCCUCGGCGACACUCUUCACCUCGGAAGUCUCAUUGGAGCGACGAUAAUAUCCAUCGGCUUCUACACUGUGAUGUGGGGAAAGGUGAAAGAAGAGAUGCUAGACGACUGUGGAGCCAGCAGCAGAGGAUCAGUGCCCGAUCACAAGGUGCCGCUUCUGCAAAACUAUAAACCCAACGAGGUUUAGCUAUCAGUCCGGAGGAGCUAAAUUAUCAAUGCCCAUCGUAGCUGCAUAGUAUUGGGGGCUGAUUUUUGUGGAUACAGAUAUUAAAGAGUUCCAGUCCCAAGGGAGAGUCCUAAUAACCCUGUUGAGGCUCUCACUGGGGACUCGAGCUGGUUGCCAGUGCCCUAUGAAGACCGAACCUGAGCAAUUUGUAAAUACUCAUUGGGCACGAAAUUCUGCUUUUGCUCGGGCUUAACCUUGUAAACAAGUAAUAUGAUUUGCGGUUAAAGCAAAACAGAGAAUUCUGAGCACUGGUGAUGCCUGGAAGGCUGGAACCAUUAGACAAUACUGCUUGGCAAGGAAGAGAUUUCCACAACAGGAUGAGCAUAUAACCAAUGAUGUAAAUUCAAUUUCUAGCUGAUCAAUCUUCGAGGAGAAUGGCAUUACAUGUA